AUGGUGCCGCGACAGCGCACCUCAGUAGGCGCGGGCGCGGCCGCCUCAGGCAAGUCGGCGCGCCACUCCACGCUCCACUGCCUCGCCGCCGAGCCGCGCGCGACCGUGCUGCGCGCGUGCGUGCACGACGGCGAGACCGUCGUGGCGUACGAGGCGGUCGUGCUGGGCGCGCUCCGGCCCGGCUACCGCUCGCUCUCGCUGCGCAGCCGCCUCGGCACGCAGAUCCGGCUCUGCUCGCUGCUGGUGCACAUCGAGCGGGGCGAGGAGCCGAACAUGUGGGCGGAGGCGCGCGAGCUGCGCGAGGCGCUCGCGCAACGGGACGAGGCCAUCGAGCGGCUGAACGCGGAGCUGGCCGCCGCGCGCCUUGCCGGCCCGGCCGCUGCCGCCAGCGGGGAGGAGGAGGCGGCCGCUCGGCCGGCCAGAUAG